CUUUCAGAUAAGACUUAAAAAAAGAAGAAAAAAACAAAGGAAAAAAACAGCUGCAAACAAGAAGCCUCCGUGACACCUGUGGGAAUGGAAGAAGGGAAGACGAAGAAGAAAGUGAUGGUGGCAAUAGAUGAGAGCGAGUGCAGCCACUACGCUCUCCACUGGGCUCUUGACAACCUCCGUGAAACCAUCUCUGAUUCUCAGCUUUUCAUCUUCAACGCACAGCCUCUCCCCACUUACCUUUCUGCUUCCACCUACGGUGCCCCUCCUGCGGAUUUGAUCACAACCGUGCAAGAAAACCAAAAGAAGGUGGCUUUAGCUUUGUUGGAGAAAGCUAAGGAGAUCUGCGCCAAUCAUGGGGUUGAAGCAGAGACAAUGAAAGAAGUUGGGGACCCAAAAGAGGCAAUAUGUGAUGCCGUGGAAAAGCUCAAGAUUGAGUUGCUUAUAUUGGGAAGCAAUGGUCGAGGAGCAAUACAGAGGGCCUUUCUUGGAAGUGUUAGCAAUCACUGUGUUCACAAUGCUAAGUGCCCUGUUCUUGUGGUUAGGAAACCGGCUUGGAAGAAUUAGUGCAGUGUUUGUCAAGUGAAAAAUGCUUAUUUUGUUCUAUAUGUUUCAGGAUUUUAGCAAAUAAAUGGAUUUUUAUUCCAAUAAGAACAAGUUACCAGAUA